AAGGAAAGGAAAGGAAAGGAAAGGAAAGGAAAGGAAAGGAAAGGAAAGGAAAGUUCACUUGGGAAAUGUCAUUUACCAACUGUGCGUGAGGAGAGACUAGGGAAAUUAUCUGUCAAGCCUAGAGCACCCGGCUCCCGGACGUUGCCCUGGCCAUGCCCUUCCCUAAUGAAACCUCCUUUAUCUUGAGGGGCUUGCCUGGCCUGGAAACUGCCCACUUCUGGCUGGCAUUCCCCCUGUGUGCCAUGUAUGUUGUGGCCCUCGUGGGCAACUCCAUUGUGGUGCUGGUCAUUAAGGCUGAACCGGCCCUCCACACUCCCAUGUACUUCUUCCUCAGUAUGCUGGCAGGCGUGGACUUGGCCCUUGCCUCUUGCACGAUGCCCAGGCUCCUUUCUCUCUUUUGGUUUGAUGCCAAGGAAAUUGACUACAGGACCUGCCUUCUCCAGAUGUUCUUCAUCCACUCCCUCUCAGCUAUGGAGUCCACCAUCCUCUUGGCCAUGGCAGUGGAUCGCUACGUGGCCAUCUGCCGCCCACUCCAGUACACGACCAUCCUUACCAACUCUGUGACAGCAAAAGUGGGCAUAGUGGCAGUGGUGAGAGGGGUGGCCUUUUUCCUUCCUCUGCCCUUCCUCAUCAGUCGCCUGUCAUUCUGCGGCCCCAGGGAUCUCCAGCAUUCCUACUGCCUCCACCAAGAUAUGAUGAACCUAGCUUGUGACGAAUACACACUGAACACUGUGUACGGCCUGAUCGCCAUCAGCCUGGUGAUGGGCCUUGACUUCCUGCUCAUCUUUGUGUCCUACUUGUUGAUCAUCAAGGCUGUCCUGCAGCUGAGCUCCAGGGAGCAACGCCUACGGGCCUCUGGAACCUGCGUGGCCCACAUCUGCAUGGUCCUGGCUUUCUAUGUGCCCCUGAUUAGCCUCUCUGUGAUCCACCGGUAUAGGAGAGACAUGUCUCCCCUGCUCCAGGCCAUUAUGAGCAACACCUACCUCCUGGUCCCACCUGUGCUCAACCCCAUUGUCUAUGGGGCUAGGACUAAGGACAUCAGGAAACGUGCCUUAAAGUACAUGAGACUCAACAGGAGCCGGGAGUCUCACUGAAGCCAGUUGUGCGUAGAUAUCAAAGCAGAUAGUUGUUUUGUUAAUCCCAGGAGGAGGCAGAUGGAGACAGAGGAUCUGAAGUCCAUUGGGCCUCCAGGUCAACUGCUGUCUUCAACAGCCUGCAGUCUUCUUGUUGCAAUGGCCAAUAUCCUACAGUAAUAUCCGACCUGCCUGUGGAGGCUGAAAUUCCCCUGUCUCCUAUGGUUGGCCCCAAUCCCUGAGCUGUGCAAACUGACCCCAGGAUGGAGAUUACAAACCCCUCCUGCCACUAUUGCUCACCCAUGGACUCCACAGCUUCUUCUAAGAUGCCUGUAUGUCCCUGCCCCCCAUUAUCAGAGGGGGCCACAUCACGCCAGAAGAAUCUCUCCGGGGGGCCAAUUGAUACAUUUCCAAUCUCUCUAUAAAAUGAGCUUCUCAUGGGCGAUGAUGAUGAUGAUGAUGAUGAUGAUGAUGAUGGGCAAGAGGAGAAGUCCUUCACAUGAUAUGUGCUUCAGAGCUUAUUAAACAUAAGAGAUCCAUCCCUUGGCCCCCUUGGCCUCUACUGAGCAUUCUCUC